AAUAUGGACCUCAGUGACAUGAGAAAGAAAUACAAGGGAGACGAAGAGUGUUUCGAGGAGAACCAGUUGACCUCUCUGGACCCAAUCAAGCAAUUUGGAAGCUGGUUCGACGAAGCUACCAAAUGUCCUGAAGUUGGCGAGGCCAAUGCCAUGUGCAUUGCUACGGCAACCAAAGAAGGACGUCCGUCGGCCCGUAUGGUUCUGCUUAAAGGUUACAGCGACGACGGCUUCCGAUUUUUCACCAACUACGAAAGUCGCAAGGGAACCGAACUGGAAAGCAACCCUCACGCCUGUCUGGUGUUCUACUGGGAGCCUUUGAAUAGACAGAUUCGCAUUGAGGGUGAGGUGGAACGCAUCCCCUACCAGAGCUCCUGCGAUUAUUUCCACUCGAGGCCGAAGAGUAGCCAGAUCGGGGCGGUGGUGAGCAGGCAAAGCACCCCGGUUCCUGACAGAAAUUUCCUGAGGGAGAAGAACGCAGAGCUGGAGGCCAAGUACAAGGACACGCAAGUGCCGAUGCCAGACUACUGGGGGGGCUACUUAGUAAAGCCCCAUCUGAUCGAGUUCUGGCAGGGUCAGACCAACAGGCUUCACGACCGUAUCGUUUUCACAAAAGUGGCCGAAGACGCCGAGCUGGGCGAGCAUCAGCGGCGUGGUGAGGGUUGUUGGGCUUACCAACGACUCUCCCCGUGA